AUGGACUGGGUUAAAGAUAUGAAAGAAAUUGAUGACACGUUAAAAGAGAAGUUAAAAAGUAAGAAAAAGGCGGCAGCUUGGUUUGUGUCUCACUGCAUCACUAGAAGUAAGAGAGAGAAUUAUGUGAAGUCACUUCAGAAGGCGUUGCAACCUUAUGAGUUGACCGUAGACAUAUACGGAAGGUGUGGUACGUUCAUUUGCCACUGGUAUGAGAAAGAUAAGUGUUGGGCUAGGGUGUCCUCUGUUUAUUACUUCUAUCUUUCCUUUGAGAAUUCCUUCGCGGAGGACUAUGUGACAGAGAAGUUGCUCACCGCGUUGAAUAAUGACGCAGUGCCGAUUGUGCUAGGAGGAUCCAACUACACCAGGUUCCUCCCGCCCGGCUCCUACAUCGACGCCCGUCUUCACGAGCCAGAGUCCCUGGCCCGCGUCAUGGCGGACAUCAUAGCCAACCCGAGCAAGUACCACGAGUUCUUCCGAUGGCGGAACCACUACAAGUACUCCGAGCCAGAACAAAAAGAGGACGUGUGCAACUUGUGCUCGGCGCUCAAUGAUGAGAAUAUGGUGACGAUGGAGUCCACGUAUCCUCAUUUCAGGAGUUGGUGGAAUCCGGGCUGGGAAGAGAGAUGUCAAGAUGACAGUUGGGGCAGUUGA